AUGUCGACUGCUGAUACUAGUAAAAUACCUAUCACACUCUCCUACUUCACACUUCCCAAAGACGGAAGCAAACCCCGCACAUAUCAAUACCAGCCUCCCGCAGGAGUACCUCAAUUGAACUACGAAACCGUUCCGCAUCCGUUUGAGAUUGAGAACGUUAGGGGAAAGGAGCACGAGUUCGAUUUGGACAAUGCUGGGUUUCUAUUCGCAAGAUCUCCCGCUAAACAUCAAGCGUUUAUCGACGACGAGGAUAUCGAGAGGGAAUAUUAUCCUGAGAGUGCGGAUCUUAUCAAGAAACUCACUGGAGCGAGUAAAGUUGUGUUGUUUGACCAUAGUAAGUCAUUAGUACGGGAACUUCAAAUUAAAGAGGCUGGUGCUAAAAAUGUUACCAUCUAUGGUCUAGCCAUUCGCCGUAGGCGAGAAGGCGAAUCAGGAACCGACCCAAAGAAACGAAUCCCCGUUUCCCGCGUACACGUCGAUCAAACCCCCAAAGCCGCCGUCAACCGCGUGCGUCGCCACAUCCCACCAGAAGAAGCAGAAGUCUUGUUAAAACACCGGUUCCAAAUAAUCAACCUCUGGCGACCCAUUUCCCACCCAGCAUUGGACUGGCCUUUAGCGUUGUGCGAUUUCCGGAGCGUCGAUAUGAAGAAGGAUUUCGUUCCGGUGGAUUUGGUGUAUAGGGAUAAAGUCGGGGAGACGUUUGGCGUUCAGUGGAAUCCGAAGCACGAAUGGAAGUAUUUGCGAGGGAUGACCCCGGAGGAGGUCGUGUUGAUUAAAUGCUACGACUCUAUCGAUGACGGAACUGUAGCCGCCUUGACGCCACACACGGCUUUCGAGGAUCCUACUACUCCCGAAGGAUCGCCCAAGAGGGAAUCUAUAGAACUUCGAGCUUUGGUGUUCUAUGAUGAUUAA